AUGCAGGUCACAGAGAUGCCUCAACCACGACCACUGUCCAUCUCUCGCAGGAAUCUAGUUAGCGGUGAUGGGAGCUACGAGGGGAACAGCUCGACGUACAUCGGAGAUGUCAAGUCCUCUCCCCCCGGCGCUACAGUCGAUAUUGAAGAAAAGACCAACACUCGCCGUUCAAAUCCACAUCGCAGGUUUAGCAAGAAGUGGUUUGACCACGCUUGGGACCAAGCCGUCGAGAUUGGUAGAUGGCCGCGGGUAACUUACGCUGUUAUUGGAUUUGUCCUUGUCGUGGCCUGGAUCGGUGUCAUGCUUACCUUUGCGAGAGAAGAAGUAAAAGCCCAGCGGAAAAACUUGGACCCCAACGGCGGCAAGUCCCAACUCGACUCAGGACCCAUAACAUACCAGUUUGAUCCCAUUGAGCGCAGUCUCCGUGUAUCGUGGGGCCUCGUCUACGUUGGCGACGAUAAUCGCACAGUACAAGCUACAGGUCAAACUGUUAACGAUACAUGGGAGUGGAACCUCUAUCGUGAUGUCAAGGCUGUUCCGGAGGACCGUGAAGCCAACGCAACAAUCCUCCAGCAGUAUAACAUUACCCAAGAGCAACUGCAGUCCAUCAUCUACCGGGUCGACAACACCACGCAGCCGCCUAUCGCUACACUGGGAAUGCACCCGUGGGAUGGCGUGGAUACGGACAUCGACUUUACCCAGGCUAAGGAAGAAGACCCUUUUGCACAACCACUCUUUGCCUAUCCGUUUGAUGGCAAGGGUCGAUUGUAUUCGCUCUUACAGACCGACGGUUCUCAAGGACAGUCAAUCUUACCAACUCUGGGAUUACAUCUCUAUGGCGCUAUAUUGAGUGAUAGUACCCUGAACUGGCGGAUUCAGGUCAGUGCAAAUGACACAUGCCGGAUCGAAGCAGAGGACGCUGGCUGUGAACUUCACCUCGAUUUUACGGGCCGUCGCCCAGGACUCGUCAAGUUUGCGGCCAUUCUUGCAGUUCUCGUAAACUGGACGAGCACCAUUGGUAUCUUCCUCCUCACGUGCGAGUCGGUGGUCAUGCGCCGCACCUACAUUCUCACCGAGACGGAUAUCCUCGGCGUUUGUGUUGGCGCUCUCUUCGCAUUGCCAUCCGUCCGAGCCAUCUUGCCUGGGGCCCCUGAUUUUGGCGCGAUUAUCGACUUGAUUGGAAUCAUUCCAAACAUUAUCAUCGUCUCGCUAUGCACGACGGCUAUAGCACUCUCGAAGCUCACCAUGCGGCGACCGAAGAAUGAAUAG